AUGUUGAAGAUUAAUAUUAUGUUACAAGUCGCUAUUCUCGUAUUGACCACUCUAGUGGCCAUUACUUUUGCCGAACACGACGCUACAUCUUACGCAUUUUACCAUCCGAAAUUCGAAAACACCCAUCACGACGGACACGACCAUUACGCGCCACCCCAUUACACGUACAAGUACGGUGUCAAAGAUCCGCACACGGGCGACCACAAACACCAGUCGGAGCACCGUGAGGGUGACGUAGUGCACGGCGAGUACAGCGUGGUGGAGCCGGACGGUCGAGUCCGCAAGGUGACUUACACUGCCGACAAGCACAACGGAUUCAACGCUCACGUGCACCACGUGCACCACGCCCACCACCCUCAACACUACGGACACCAUGAACACCACGAAGAGGAAUGA